CCGCAUGUCCCACAAACGUGCCUUUACAAGAAACAGUAGCGGUCUCUUAGUAUAUUGCUUGAUAUACCAGCCCUAGCAAACACUCCCAACUACCAACCUAGCCGGCGUAUGGUGAAGCAUUGAGGAAUGGCGCGUUGCCGAAUGUGCUUUUUUGCUGUGGUUUGUGUAAUAGCAAUUCACCAUGGCUGGCUCCAGGCGGCUCCUAUGAAUUCAUUGAUGACAGAGAUGCUGCUGCGCGACGUGAGGAAGGAGGGUCUUUCUGGCCAUCUUCACCGUAUGCUGGAAGACCAUAUUGAACAAAAGCCCCGGCCACAUGAGCAAGCAGGUAGCGAUAACUGCGCUCCAGCCUCGCUAACCCUUACAAGUGAUUGUCGUGCUUCCCAAGCCCCGAAGAGCUCCCUGCCUACGACGUCUCAUAAAAAGGAAGGCGUGUCGGGCCCUACAUGCUCAGGGAGCAACUGCCUUGUCGCACCAAUGCCGGGUGCGUUGAGCACCCCCAAGAGCGACAUUACCGGCAGCAGCGGCCAACGCGUUCCCCAGCAAAAGCUUACAUCAUUUGGGCCCAUGACGGAGCGAGCCUAUGGGCGAUUGAUGCAGCGUAAGCGCGCCGCGGCGAUGAAGGCCAAGGUUUUGGGAGAUCCCGACCGCCACCAUCACGGCUUUGGUGAGUCGGGCAUCCCUCUACCGGCACCCCAUUCCACCUCCUCCUCCGCCAUCACUUCAAGCACCAAGCCCGCGGCCUCCAUUUCCUCCGAUAACGGCGGUCUGUCGUCCGCUGCGCCUGUUGAAACUCCCGCUGCCGACCCAAACAUGCCAACCACGCCUUCCAGCGGCAGCAGCAGCAGCAGCAGCAAUAACGUGCUUAGCCGCCUCCAGGCUCCUCCCUUAACUCCACAGCCCCGAACCGGUGGCACUGCUGCUACCGCUACUGAUACUGUGGCUGCUACUGCCACUACGGCAACCAAGCAGCCACACCAGAAGCAGCUACGGGCAACAGAAGCGGCACACAUGGGCAGCAGCAAGGGUAACAAGGUUGCAAACGCAGCUAACAAAGGCGCUAAGCAACCACAAGAGGUGCGGACAGCGAUGGAGGCGUUGCUUGCACGCAAACAGGAAGCCGCUGCUACCAGCGGUAGCCAUGCCGUACACAAUGCCGAUGCCGGCAUCACGGUGAGCAGCUCCCGACCCGCGGGUCACCGAUCGCCCAAUCAGCCCUCCUCUACAGUUGCUAUCGCUGAUGAACCUGCAUCGCAGCAUCCCCAACACCCUCGUGGUCACCGUCACAGCGAGAUUGAGAGGCUGUUGCUUCUGGGGGAUGCCAAGCCAGCGGCCAUGCCUGCUAACGAGGCCGUUCUUCGUAAUGAUGCGCGCGGGAAUGGUGCGGUUCAGCCGAGGCCCACAGCUGGUUCGCAGGGUUCUGGGCAGCCGUCUUCGUCCCUUUCGCAACGCGGCCGGUCUUCAGCCUCUGCCGAUAAGACUGCUGCGACGGCUGAACAACAACGGGUCAGCAACGGUGGCCGCAACAGCAACCGCAGCAGCAAUCGGAACAGCGGCAGCGGCAGUCGCAAGGCUUGGGGCGUUGUGGAUUUUGCCUGUGUGCUGCUGGCGUUGUUGCUCUUGGGUGCGGCGGUCUUUACGGCUGUCGCGGUUAUCGAGGAUCUGACGGAGGGAGGCAGCAACACCCGCGCUUCUACUUCUGGAGGGAGAAGGUCCUCAUCAAAGUCCCUGGAUGGUACUCCUCUGCUGCUGCACUGGCUCAACCUCACCCGCCGUCUGUGGCGUCGCUGCCGACGCGCCUUCGUCUUUGCUCGUACUCAGCUCACGGGCCACACGUCCCACCUGCCUACAUCUGCCAAUGAGGGUACCGGCGCCGUUGCUGUCGCCUGUGCGUUUGUACGACACUUUUGGAUACAUCUUUGGAGCCGUCGCGGCCGUACCGCCUCCUCCUGCAGCAACUACAGCACCCUCAGCGAGGGCGGCUACGGCAAUGACGAACGUCUGUCGUACUCUGCUGUUGCUGCUGAUGCUUCCAUGUCGUACAAUGGCUGCUGCUCUGUUGUCUCGACUCCGACAAUGGCUUCCUCCGCAACAGCAACAGCAGCAGCGGCGGGGGCUAGUGCCUUCUCCCCUAGGUCUCCGUUUGCCGCGCCUUUGUCACCAUUCUACCGCGGCUCUGCAGGCGCUGCUGUCAGCAGGAGCAGCGGAGGAGCGGGGGGUAGCAGUGGUUUCUUUACAGCUGAUCCCAUGAUGUUGUUUGGUGGAGGAGAAGCAGGACAGCUGCAGCAGAAGCACCAGCAGGUGGUGACAAUGAUGGCUCCGGAGGACAGCUUAGCUUGCAGUACGGCAGUUGCGGAUGUGUAUGUGCGCCGGCGCCAUUAACAAUCAAUUAUUGGGAAGAAGGGGUGUGCGUGUGUGUUGGUUGUGUCGCUAGCUAUUAAGGGUUGGGUUCCUUGUGUCGCUGGUUGGCUGUCCUUUACCUGUGUGUGUAUAGAGGAAGGGUUAUCAGUUCCGGGAAGCCGCAGGCAGGUUGCUUUCCUUUCAGUGGGCACGUGGAUGGGUUGUGGUUGAUGGGGAUAGACUGCUAAUAAGGGACACCUCCCAUGGGCUUGAAUUGUUUUGAGUUUCAAUUGAAACAGUUGCAUAUGAAAGGCGGUUGUGGCCAGGUAGAUUGACGUGCAACUGUUUAUUUGCUUUGGUUUCUCUUGCUUGCAGUCCCGGGGUUGCUGCUGGGUGUCCGUUUUCUUCAUUUGCACCUUGCGUUCCCUCAUGAACACCCAAGGUGGUCUUCAUCCUAUAUUCUUCCAUGCAUCGUAUGGCCCCUGCUGAGCAAAUACGGUUGCUUGGGGAAUGCUCCUAUAGCGGUGAUGCAGUUGAUGCUACUACUGUGCCUAGUUUGUGGGUUGGUACGGCGGCUUAAGGCCAUACCGCCGAAAGGUGAGGGUCCCUAAAUUAAGUUGGUGCCGAGCAGCUGUGGGUAUUCGCUUGUAGAUACGGUAGGAAUUGGCAGCAGGUCUUUCUUGGUUCCGCUGGUUGCGGGUGCUAAGAAUGCGAAACAGUGCUGCUAUGGGCAAGCUGAUAAUAAUAAAUAUAGGCAAACGGCCUUGGGUAUCUUUGCUUGCGUUUAUGGUAGUAGUCGUGAACCCCUCGUGAUUCACGUUUGAUGGGGCUAUGUAUGUAUGUGGGCCUUUGUGCUUUAACUGAUCUCCACCCUAUGUGGUGGUCGCAUGUAUGUUCACGCUUUGUCACAGGAACUGGGAACGGUUUGCAUAUGCGUGGAGCGUGGAUAGCACACAUAGUAUGUUAUUCCGUUUUACUGUACUGGGGUAUGCGUGCCACUGCCGACGCCUUAAAGCACGCAUGCAUGUCAGCCAAAAAGGACCUUGCAAACGUAAUAACCCCGGGUGUGAAUGUGUUACUACGUAUCCUUCUUCUAUUCCGAUAGGCAUUUUCAUCUGGGUCUCGUUGCAGACCUUAGUAGUCUAGCCCUAAAUUUACUAGGUUUUGUGAUUGCCGAUACGAAAUAUUCGAAAGGUUGGCUGCUUGGGGUUAACCUACGGUAUGCAACUUCCAGUAUCCGUCUAUGGUGUGAUCCGUGUUGGAGUCCGAGUCCUGCAGCAGUAGCGUUUAAUAUAUGCAGCGUGUGGGACACGCGAACAGGAUUGGGCGCUACAUAUAUAUUUAUUCGGGGACUUGGCGCAUGCGCAAUGUCUUCACGUUUAUGGGGUAUGUAGAUAGCCGACCAGCUGGUCUUUUGGUAGUAGUCAAAGCUGUGA